AUGAAUAAUGAAAUUUUAUUACAAUUUUCCACCGCAGUAAAGAACACUGGGUACAAUUUCAUCACUGUAACUCCUGCUACUCACGCACAUGUGAACAGUCGUCCGGGCAAUCGCUGGGCACGAUCAUUGACAGAUGUUCUUGGAUGGAGUCGACCAUUUCAUGCCAACUCUUCGGUCGUCACCGAUGAACUUUUCGAUCUAAUGCGCAACGCACAGAUACUUCGUCAAACUGAAGAUCAAAGGGAGGACAGCUGGCAGAGUUUAGUGCGAAUAUCUAGCCUCGAUGGAGAAUUAUUCCUACACUCGGCGUAUCCAACAUUAGCUCUGGAUUCGGUUUUUUUUGGACCCGAUACAUACCGAUUUGCGCGUGCUAUUCGAACAAUGAUAGCUAAACGUGAUACAAAUACGUCUCCAGUGCAUCGUGCUAUCGAUAUUGGUUGUGGAGCUGGACCAGGUGCUGUUAUAUUAUCUAAAGCCUAUCCCCAUGCAGAGAUUCUGGCAACGGAUAUCAAUAAAACUGCACUCGACUUCACAGAUAUCAAUGCUCAUCUUGCCAAUGUGAAAGUUACAUCAGCUUAUAGCAAUCUUCUCGACGAUGUAACAGGUCAAUUUGAUAUCAUCAUUUCCAAUCCACCCUAUUUAGUGGACUCCUCUGAACGGCAAUAUCGUCAUGGAGGUGGAGUCCUUGGAUCAGAAUUGUCAGCAAACAUCGUUCGCGCUGCCCGUCACCGGUUAACGAUUGAUGGCACAUUAGUUCUGUACACAGGUUCAGUGAUAAUUAAUGGGCAGGAUUUAUUUCGCGAAGAAGUCGCAAAAAUCUUGGAGAAUUCUGAUCUCUCUUGGACUUAUGAAGAAGUUGAUCCCGAUGUGUUUGGCGAAGAGUUAUUGAGCGAAUCUUAUCAACAUGCAGAUAGAAUUGCUGCUGUAGUUCUCACUGCCACCAAAACUAAUCCAUCAUAG